AUGCCUCUCGAGGAUGAUCUAGCCUUAGCAGCCGCGACUGGCAACACCGAUCGUGUUAAAAUUCUAUUACAAAGUGGAGUGGACGUCAACGGUGUAAACUGCUUUGGACGGACACCUCUGCAGGUGAUGAUGAUGGGCAGUUCACCUGUGGCGCAGUUGUUACUAAUGCAAGGAGCGGAUCCUAAUAUCGCAGACCGACACACCGGGACCACGCCGUUACACGAUGCCGCCAGGAUGGGCUUUUUGGACACGGUAGAGAUCCUUGUCCAAUUCCUCGCUGAUCCGAAUAGCCGGGACAAUAGGAACUGCCGGCCAAUCGAUUUGGCAAAAGAAAGUGGACACCAGAAUGUCGUUGCGUUUCUGCAGGCUUUAUGAAUUCAAAGAUGCGUUGUAUUUAUUUGUUUGACGAUUUUAUUGUAUAGAAUACGGAUGUAUAUCCUAGACCCGUUAAGUUCUUAAAUACUUUUUUUUAUCGAUAAAAAAUGCUUUAUUUAUGCCUCUCCAAGAGUAUUGCACACUUUAUGCACUUAAUCAACGGUUUGUUAAUUAGGCUUAAGAGUUAAGUAUAUGUACAAUUUUAAUUUUUUGUGUUAAGUUGUAAUUAGGCUAUUUGCUGUUUUUUAAAUAUUAAAUCAUGUAAUAAUCACAGAUAGACUGGUUUAGCGUUGCUAUAGGAAAAUAUAUACUCUGAUGGAUGCAAUAUUGAUAAGGUAAGGAAUUUACUGAACAAAAAAUAAAAGCACACAGGUAUUGUGAUACCAUCAAUACACCCGUUUGAACUUUUGAUUAAAUAAAUAAUUGUUUUUAUCAGAUUGCAUUAGCCCUUUAUGAUGAGUUAUUAUUAGAAAUCCAAAAGUAAACAUUUAGGUAGGGUAUGGAUUUGUGUAUUUUGAUAAUAAUCCAUAAUCGUUUAUAUUAAGACAAUGUUAUUGGAAAUGGGUCUGGACUUCCUGCAUAUAAAGCUGAUGAUGUUUGUA